CGUGGAUUUAUGCGCAGUGACAUUUGAAGCCUCGACACCCCACAACCAUUAAGUUUUCUCUCGGAUUUCGAACAUGUCUGAAGUUGUGCCAUUGUUGACAACCUGUCUUGCGCGAGAUGUCACCAGAAGCACUGGCGACUCUCCUCGAUGAGCCGGCUCUGGCAGCUCCGUCCGGCGUUACCGCAAAUUUUGACAAUCCACCGAAUAGCAAUACGCUGGCUUGGGUGGUAACGACUUUCUGUACCGUGGUACUCACAAUAUGCUUUCUCUUGCGAAUCUUUGCUCGAUUAUGGUUGGAUAGAAGGGUUGGUAUCGAGGAAGUGCUGAUGAUUGGUGCAUAUGUAUUGCUUGAUUGGGGUACAGCUUACGCAGGGUAUGCCUUGAUCUACACCCCUGGUUAUUACGUUCAUACCUGGAAUCUACACAACAGAGACCUCAUAAGGCCUCUUUACUUAAUCCUCAUUUACGGAUGCUGUUACUCGGCCGUCCUGCCUCUCAUCAAGACUGCAAUCCUACUAGAUUGGUGCAGGAUCUUCGUCCCUCUCAACCGCACAAGGAACGCCUUCUGGUGGGGAUGUGUCUCCGUGAUAACACUGCAAUGUGUAUGGGGUGUGCUGUGCAUCCUAUUAUUAAACAUGCAAUGCAGGCCUCACGAAGCCAUCUGGAAGUUCUAUCUUCCAAGCAAAUGCUACUCCCUUCCGGACGUGAUGCUCACCUCUGCCAGCGUCCAGGUCGCCUCAGAUAUCACCAUGUUCUUUCUCCCACAGCGAAUCAUCUGGCGUCUCCAAAUGAAUUGGCAAAAGAAAAUCGGAGUCUCAAUCAUUUUCGGCGUCGGUAUACUCGCCUCCGUCGCCGCAUGCUUCCGCCUCUCCCACACCGUCGCCUUCGCCAACACAACCGAUACCAUGUACCUCAUCGGCCCACUACUAUUCUGGGCCUGCGGAGAAAUGACCUGCGGUUUCUUCAUUCUCAGUGUACCCUGCCUGUCGAAACUCAUCAUCGAAUCAGGACUGCCGCGUAGUGUGAAGCAAUCUCUCGGCUUUGGCUCCAAGCCCAGCGAACCAUCAUACGAGGACUCGGAGCAACCACAUCGCUCAGGGCAGUCUGAUGCAUUGCGCUCACAUCCUAUGAGGCCGUGGCUGAAGGGCACAGAUACAAUCUGGUCUAAAAUUGGCGAUGAAGAUCAUGACCAUGAUGCCCUGAGAAAUUCGGGAAAGUCGGAGUCUCAGACGAGUCUCCAUAGAGCACAAGCUGACGGUCGGAAUUGAUCCGGGCUUGCUUAGCGCGGUAUUAGAGUUAGGAG